UAGAAAUUCCCAGCAGUUGGAGGGUGGACGCUGCCCGUUGGUGUCCAAUCUUGCAGAGCUCAGGGCAGUUCCUGCUCUGGGGCUGUGCGCUCUUCUAGCUGGGCCUCACAGUCAGGCCUCACUCCAAGGAGACAAAUUCUGCAGUUCCUUUGAGUUUACAGGCACCUACCAGAGAGCUGGCUGUUUUCUAUCCACGCCUAGGAUAGUUCCAGUCUCUGUGAUCACAGAAGAGCGUUUGUGGUGAAGACUGAAAAUGGAAGGAGAAGAAAUAGAGAUUAGGCGGAAAAGAAGAGCGGAAGUAAAAAAGAAGAUGAUAAUCCUCUCCGUCUUGUUAUGUGGAGGUCUUGCAGUUUUUCUUUGGGUGAUGCUAACAUUUCCUAAAAAAGUUGGAAUUAAAAUGAUCAAAAAGAAUUGCACUGAUGACAUGAGAAUAUGUCCACCUGCCUGGAAUCUAUUCCACCAGACCUGCUACUUUCAAUCUGAAAAUCAAGUUAGUUGGGUUGAAGGACAAAGACACUGCAGAAGAUAUUUUGGAUCUCUGGCCAAAAUUACCUCCUAUGGUGAAAUGCAAUUUGUGAUGAACUAUCUGAAAAACUCUACGUAUUGGAUUGGACUGAGAAAACACGCUUCUGACAAUAAGUGGAGAUGGACCGAUGGGAGUCUCUUUACUAACUGGUUCAGUAUAGAAGGCACUGGCAAUUGUGCCUUCGUUUAUGCCACUAGCCAAAAGAUUACAAGUUGUGAUGGAACAAGAGGAUUUUUGUGCAGCAGAAAAAGUGAAUGUGCUUAG